UACAUUUCUUUUCACGUCACUCAGCAAAAAUCUACAAUUUUUAGAAAGUUUUCUGUAAGUGGAAACAAAUACAGUGUGUUAGGCUGAAGAUUUGAAGUUAACAAACAAUGGAUCUUAAUUUUGGAAAAUGCUGUGGUUCUAAAAAGAAGGAAUCAUGGAGGUCUGUUUUGCUUCUUGCUUAUCAGAGUCUUGGUGUUGUCUAUGGAGACUUGAGUAUCUCUCCUCUUUACGUCUUUAAGAGCACUUUUGCUGCAGACAUUCGACAUUCAGAGACUAAUGAAGAGAUAUAUGGUGUUCUGUCUUUUGUUUUCUGGACUCUUACUUUGCUCCCUUUGCUUAAGUAUGUCUUCAUUGUCCUUCGUGCUGAUGAUAACGGAGAAGGUGGGACUUUUGCUUUGUACUCACUGAUAUGCCGUCAUGUCAAAGUUAGCCUGCUUCCAAACCGACAAGUAGCUGACGAGGCACUAUCCACUUAUAAACUGGAGCAUCCACCGGAGAAGAUCCAUGCCUCUUGUGUGAAAAGAUAUCUGGAGAAGCACAAGUGGUUACACACUGCUUUGCUGAUUCUUGUUCUUCUUGGGACUUGUAUGGUUAUUGGAGAUGGACUUCUCACUCCAGCUAUCUCUGUUUUUUCUGCUGUGUCAGGUCUUGAGAUGAAUAUGUCUAAAGAACAUCACCAAUAUGCAGUGAUUCCUAUUAGCUGCUUCAUAUUAGUCUGCCUUUUUGCCCUUCAGCAUUUCGGGACACAUCGUGUUGGGUUUGUUUUUGCGCCUAUUGUCCUUACUUGGCUGGUUUGUAUCAGCGGUAUUGGCUUGUACAAUAUAAUACAGUGGAAUCCUCAUGUAUACAAAGCGCUUUCUCCUAAGUACAUGUUUAUGUUCUUGAGAAAGACGAGAGUAAGUGGAUGGAUGUCUCUAGGCGGGAUCUUGUUGUGUAUAACUGGUGCUGAGGCCAUGUUUGCUGACCUUGGUCAUUUCAACUACGCUGCGAUUCAGAUUGCUUUUAGCUUCCUGGUUUAUCCAGCUCUCAUAUUGGCAUACAUGGGACAAGCUGCUUACCUAUCCCAGCAUCACAACUCUGCUCACGCCAUUGGGUUCUACGUCUCUGUGCCAAGCUUGGCUGUAAUGGCGGUUAUGCUAGUGACAACAUGUCUUAUGACACUAGUCAUAGUUCUUUGCUGGCACAAGCCACCGAUCCUAGCCCUCAUGUUCCUCCUCUUCUUCGGAUCAAUAGAACUACUCUACUUCUCAGCCUCACUAACCAAGUUCCGUGAAGGCGCUUGGCUUCCCAUACUCUUAUCACUCUUCUUCAUGAUCAUCAUGUUCGUUUGGCAUUACACAACAAUCAAGAAGUACGAGUUUGAUCUCCAGAACAAAGUCUCUCUCGACUGGCUUCUCGCGUUAGGUCCAAGCCUAGGUAUCUCCAGAGUUCCAGGCAUAGGUUUAGUCUUCACUGAUUUAACCUCAGGUAUCCCUGCAAACUUCUCCAGGUUCGUAACCAACCUCCCUGCUUUCCACCGUGUGCUUGUGUUUGUCUGCGUGAAGUCCGUCCCUGUCCCUUUUGUUCCAGCCGCUGAGAGAUACUUAGUGGGCCGUGUUGGGCCAGUGGACCACAGGUCUUACCGCUGCAUUGUACGGUAUGGUUACCGUGACGUCCAUCAAGACGUUGACUCGUUCGAAACAGAGCUAGUAACCAAGCUUGGAGACUUCAUACGUUAUGACUGGCACAAGAGAACUCAAGAGGAGGAGGACACUGUUAGGUCAAACGAGGGCUCAAGCGAGUCAAGACUGGCUGUAAUAGGAACCGUAGCUUACGAGAUAGAAGAGAAUCUUCAGCCAGAGAGCGUCUCCAUAGGUUUCACUACAGUAGAGAGCAUGGAAGAGGUCAUAGAAAUGGAGCCAAGAGCCACCAUAAGACGUGUUAGGUUUGCAGUGGAAGAAGAGAGUUCAUCAUCAUCGUGGGGAGAAGCAGAGGCGGAGCUGAGGAGUGAGCUGAGUGAUUUAGUGGCGGCGCAAGAGGCUGGGACGGCGUUUAUAUUGGGACACUCACAUGUGAAAGCUAAGCAAGGCUCGUCUGUGAUGAAGAGAUUGGCUGUUAAUUUCGGUUAUAAUUUCUUGAGGAGGAACUGUAGAGGACCUGACGUGGCGCUUAAGGUACCUCCGGUUUCUCUUUUGGAAGUAGGUAUGGUUUAUGUUGUUUGAGUUUAAGAAAAAACAUGUAAACACACAAAAGCUAAUUUGUAUGUUCACUGUUGUAUAUUGGUGACGUUUAGCUUCUUUCUUUCUCUGUUCAUAGAUCCAUAUGUGUGUUAGUGUUUUGACUUUUUAACCAAGAUGGUCAGUUAAUCCUUUGUUUGAUAAUCUGUUUUAGACAA